ACCAUGGGACCCUUUGAAUGACAUGAUCCAAUUUGAAAAAGAUGGCACCAUCCAAACAAAAGUUCGACACCGGACGCCAAUGGUUAAUGUUCCAAAAAUAAAACGAAAGCCAACCAGUCAGAAGAAAGGGGAGUGUGGUUUCUCAUCCCCGGAGCCUGAUAACCAGGAUUCCUCUGGGAGCGAAGCACAACUUCUGAAGCAUAAUACAAGAAUAAGGAAAAAAGGGGCAGACCUUGGUGAACUGCAGAGUGCCAUUGAAUCUAUAAAGGAAACACAAGAAGACAUCAAGAGAGACAUUAUGGCUCUACGGAAUAGAGUCACUUCUAAUUCACCACCUGUGGACUACCAUUUCUUGCAGUUUAAGCACUAUGUCUUCAUUAUACUCGUGGUUCUGCUGCAGCUUAUCAUUAAUUUCUUGUUCAAAUAGGAAGUGUGAACAAGGGCCUUUCUGAACUGGAAUGAUCGAACUGUUAACUGGGGACCAUAUUUUAGGUUGGACUUUAAGUGAUGCAAUAUUAUCUAAAAGAGCCCUGUAGCAACAACUUACAGAACUUGCCUCAGCAUCCAUGGUUCAGAAUCAUACUCCCACCUACCCAGUUGAAGUAAGAAUUGUGUAAGUGCCAGUACACUCUUGCUCCUGGUGUGUGCCUCUGUCUCGCAGACAUACGACAUCAGCCUUGUGUUUUAUAUUACGUCAUAUGCUGUCCUGAUGAAUCUUC